AUGUCGACAUCUAUCCUCAGACCCCUGCUCACUAACUUUCACUGGCAUGUAGUACUUCCUGGAGGAUCCGACACCCGGGACAUCGCGACGCAUAUUAUUACGGUGCACGACGAUGCGAAUCUGAACCAGUGGACGCUGCGGUCGUUCAUUAUUGGGAUUGGGCUAUCUGCGUUCGGUGGUGUGCUUGCCGAAAUCUACUACUUCAAAGCGCAAAUUGUCCUUGUCUCUACGAUGUUCCUCGCCAUUAUUUCCUACGUCAUCGGCAUCGCAAUGGAGACUUUUAUCCCUGGACCGACCUGGGGAUGGUUCCACUAUCUCAACCCUGCAAGAAAUUCUCCCUGA